AUGCAAGGCUUCUCGUUUGCGCCUCCGACAGGACCCCCGAGGGAAGGCCAGAAAAACUAUGUUUUCGUCGAUGAACAUAACAGGCAUAAGCGGCUUAAAGUUAUGCGAGCUUGUAAUGGAUGCAGGAAGCGAAAGAUUAAGUGCGAUGCUGCUACGACAAACACCUGGCCCUGUUCAGCAUGCACUCGCUUGAAAUUAGUAUGCGUCCCCCCUACAAUCGGGCACGAUGGCGAGUAUUCAGCAGCGGAAAGCGUCGAGGCCAACACUAGCGACGCUUUAAACGCAUCCACCGCACCAGAACCUGCACUGUCUUCAUAUACCUCUCAAUCUUUUCGAGAUGGUGGUCAGCCCGCGAUUGGUAACAUGCAUCCAUAUAAUGACGGCAUGGGAAUGUAUCCCCAGUUUGCGCAUUCUACUUCCAGCCAACCCAAUGUUUACGACAUGCGAUCGUCCCAGGUUUCCGUGCCUCACCAGUAUCAGCAACCACCGAUGUUUCCCGGCGACCAAACUCAGUCUCUGGGGACUGCAGAAAGUGAUCUAUAUGGUGAACACGAUCAAUCCACUGCCGAGAAUCUCAGCGAGGUCUUAGGAGAGCUCAGGAUAGAUGAGACGGGUAUCGCGCCGUAUAUUAGGCAGCAGAGGAGAGAGAGGGCCGAACCGGAAAUUCCGACUCAAGACGAAAUAGACGAAAAGUUGCCGCCUCUCAGCACUGGAGCUGGGUCCACCAUACGCAUUCCGCCUGAACUUAUGCCAUCUGAUGACGAGGUCAUGAAUUACUUCAAGAUAUACUUUGAUGAUAUACACCCCUACGUCCCUGUCAUCCAUCGAUCUCAUCUAUACUAUCAAUGGCAACAUGAACGAAGUUCAAUCUCCCCGCUUCUGCUCGAAUCACUAUUCGCGUGCGCGGGGAGACUGUCGGACGAUCCAGCUCAAGGAGCACAGUGGCUCGCAUUAGCGAACAGGCACGAAUCGAGUUUUAUGGACGAACCUCGCCUGAGUACGAUACAGGCUCUGCUUCUGCUACUGAAGGCUCGAGAGUCACGCCCCAAAAAGGGCUAUUAUUAUCGUUCUUGGCAAACGGUCAAGACAAUCAUAUCUAUGGCGAAAGACUUGGAUAUCCACGAGCAUAACAAUCUUCACACGGAAGACAAGCCUUGCGACUUGAAUCCAGUGGAAUGCUUGGUGCAGACAAGGGUCUGGCAGGCCCUCCUAGUCGUUGAAGUUAUGAUUGGGGCGCCACAGGGUCGCUCGGAUUACGGUGUGGACCCUGAAACAGUAAAUAUGAGUCCAACGUUGUACAUCAGAGGUCUUGAUCAAUUUGAAUUGGAUCGGUCUAGACAGUAUGCAUACUUCGUCCGAAACGCGCGCCACAUUCGUAUCAUCGCCGACAUAUAUCAUAAGAUAAAGAAGCAAAAGGAUUGGGGGGCCAAUCCCAAAUUCGUUGAAAAAAACCCUCUCUUUACCGAUUGGCUCCAAAGCCUACCCUCAGAUCUUCAAGUGAACUACCCUCCGGAUGGGUCACCGCCAUGGAUACCGUCACACUUUGUUGGAAACAUGCAUUCGCAUUGUCAUCUUGGAAUCAUCUUAUUGCAUCGUCCACAACUGAUUGCUUCCAAGUCUUUUGCGGCAGGGGGUGGUUGGAAAAUGCAUAUGGCACUAUGCUACUCCUCUGCAAAAUAUUUGUGCAGGCUUCAGGAAGCCAUUUUGAAUCGUUUUGGACUGUGUGGCCUGCUUUUUAUGCAAAGGGGCAUCAAUUUCACAAUAUACACUAUUUUGACAUGUACAAUGCUGCACCUUGUGGCGAUAACAUCUCCGGAUCCAAAUUUCCACACAGAUGCACGGGAGUACUUCACGCGACACAUGCGUAUCCUCGAGCGAUGUUCCUCUGCUUGGCCUAUGCCAGAAUUGCAAGCGCAAAUCGAUUCCUUACGGUUUGCAUUUUCCGCCGAUGUGAAUCGGCCUUUUGAACUAAAGCCGACAUUCCCCUACGGGAGUCCUUCCGAGUCAUACCACCCAAGUCCGCCACUAGAUUCUCAUUACGGACCUCAAAUAAACCAAGUGUCCAGCGUUCAAAGUAGAGUGGGUUAUACAGCUUAUCCAGUAACCCCUCCAAUAUCAGCCGGUACUGAAGACUCAAAGUCCGACUCCUCUCAGCUUCAACCAUUGGGAUUGAUUCCGUCUCAUUCAAUGUCCACCCAUGCGAUAAAUACACCUUUAGUUGACGAGAAUAGCUGGGAUCCUACUCGCAUCAUCAAUCAGUGGGAUAUGGCGUUUUCUAUUGGUACACCCACUGUGACCACGAAUUCACCCCCGAUGGCUUUGAGCAACACUCAAGCAGUCCAACCCUCUUUGCCCGAACACUUCCCCGUACCAUAUGAACAACAAUCUAAGGUUGCUUCGGUCGCGCCGACUCCUGUGCCACACGCUCAAUUCACUGGGCAGCAAGUUCUGUUCACAGCACGAGACUGGCAACAGAGUGUUGCCAGUGUGUAUGAUCCAAACGGUCUCAAACGACGAUGGAAUUAUUCCGUCGAUAUGGGGACAGAAAAUACUUCGAAGCGUCAGCGUUAAUGAGGACAUUUACAUUUAUGUGGUCAGGAGUGUAAGAUGCUGGAGUGCUCGUGCGGCGGUCAGUAGCUAUGUUUUGUGGCGGUUAUGUGGGUAGGUUCAUCUGCCAUUCUGCCACUUUCGCAUCUCUUCAUAGUAGCUUGUUCCCAUAGGAAUGCUUCGCAACCGGACCGAGGCUCUCUAUUGAAGGCAGGAACUAUCGAGCGGAGCGACGAUCUAUCCGUGGGGACACAAUACCAAAGAUUAAUUUUAUCGGUUUUUUAACCAGUUGGUUCAUCCUACUUCA